GCAGCUGAAGGGAUUAAUACAGCUGCUGGUAAAGAAAAGGGAGGGCGUCCCUGAGUUUGGGAAUGAGCUAUGUGAAAUCUUUGAACUAUAGGGGACUAAAGGGCUGCUCUCUAAAGAUCCUGUAAUUCGGUGCUAAAUAAAAAUGCUCAGGUCUCGUUGAACAACUUGAUUUUACAAAUGUAGAGAGUGAAAUUCAGAUGAAUUUCGAAUAAUUUGGUUUCAAGCUUCAAAGGGAAUGCCAUUAAAUAGAGUACCUGAGAAAACUAUCUCAGGAAAUAGGUUAUGGUGUCUAAACCAAGUAAUUUGGUCCUUAUCCCAUCAGAGGAAAACAUUCUAAGUUUCAAAUUAUGAUUAUGUUAGAAAGCAUUGCAUUUUAAUCAUAAGACUUUUACCUACCAACCCUCCAAGAAAAACUGGUUGAGCUGCCUGUCUUUUCUGUGCUACAAUACUUUAAGAAAAUUGUGAAUUUGCAUGCUACAGGCUUUUUUGUUUUGUUUUAUUUUAAAUAUUCCCUUCAAAGUGUUGAGCAUUUGUUAUUCUACUCCUGUGUUACCUCCUGAAUAAUAAGCAUGGAUUUUUCUGUCAUUCAGAAUAUCUUGCUUAGCUUUACUCUAGUGCCAGAUACUGGUCUAUUUUGACAGAAUGACAUACUUAUCCACAUUAAGGGGUGGAGAUCCAAUGUAUUCUCUCCACUGCAAUUCCCUACUUCCAAAAUAGAACCGCAGUCUGGCUUAACCAGUUGGGUUACAGUAUUAUAAUACAGUCCCUACCUUGUGACUAAGCUCUCUCCCUGGCAGUCUAAUUCAUCUGAGAUUGAUGUUUGGAGGUAACAUUACCUGGGAAGGUCUGUAGACUAUGGAAUACAACUCACUUGUUUUGUUGGUUUGUUUGUUUGUUUGUUUGUUUUGGGUAAGUAAGCUGAAGCACAGGGAGGCUUAGUGACUGAUUUAAUAGUUUAGUAUUAAAUUCUGAAGCGUUUCAACUUUAUGAAGAAUUGAAUUCUGCCAGACACCCACUUCUUUAAGCCUUAUUCAGAGAGUCAGGCUUUUCCUGGCCUGGUGGUAACCUGAGCAUAUAAAGACCUGGUUUUGUCUCAUUCCUCAUCAUCACCAACACUCACUACCUUCCUAUUCCGGUUGUCAGUAUCUGUUUUAAUUAGUUCGUGGUCCCUGGUGGACAGGGUGGAACAGCUGUUUUUGUGGUGGUGAUUCUAUGGCCUGUGAGAAGACUUGGAGUUCAUUUAAGGAAGGAAGAGAGGGGUGUAUUCUUACUUGACUCCUGAAUUAUGUUUCGGAAGGGUUGCUAUUGCCUGUCACCUUUGUCUAAUCCUGUGUGGUGACUUUCCUCAGAUUAAAAAUUCUGGUGUUUCUUAGAAACAUGUUAUACCAAGUUGGGCUGCAUAACUCACCUUUAUUUUUUUCCUUCCCUUGCCUUUAUUCCCUUUUUUGCUUUUCUCCUCCAGCUGUGCUUCCUGUGUCUUCAGCCUUGAGUGUCACUGCUGCCUCAGGGCAGCCUGUGCCAACCCUUCCCCCCCCUUGCUCCCUGCCCCCACAACAGCACCCUCUGACAACCCCUAACCAGCCUACCCCAUUCCUUUCUCCCUCUGCUAUUGCCUCUACCCCCUUUGAAGCUCCUUUUCCACAGGCAUCUUCUGGGACAGCCCUGCCCUUGGGAGCUGCCCCUACGCUCCCUGACCCCCCAGCUUUCCUACCAAACCUAAUAGGGCCUCCCAUCUCCCCAGCUGCCUUAGCUCUGGCCUCUCCCAUGAUAACUCCAACUCUGAAAGGUGCCCAUCCCUCUUCAGCUCCCUUGACUCUGGUGGCCUUGCCUCCCCACUCAGUUCAGAAGAGCUCUGCUGGUCCACCUAACCCUAUUAGUUCACCUCCUUCAGCUGCUGUGGCUAAGUCAGGGUCCGUGACACCACUGUCAGCUCCCAUUGCUUCCUCAGAACCAAAGACCUCUCCUAUUCAAGCUCCCUCUCAAGUAGUCCCUAAUCCAAAAGUUACCCCCAUUCCUCCAUGUACGGCCAGUGCUGUUCCUUCCCAGCCUUUAACUCCCUUGGCCUCUUCUGUUCAAUCUGGAUUAGCCUCCUGUGCUCAGACACCACCCACUACUCCCCUAGCCAUCACCUCCCCUCAGGUCAAAGGCAUACCUAUUUCCUCAGCUCUGGCUUCUCCACAAAACCCUGUAAGCCUCAGCCUAAAGGGACCCCUUACUCCACCUGCUGCCUUACCUCUUUCAACCCAGUCUGUUCCUAUGACUCCCAGUGCCCCCCCAGUUUUCCUCACUCCUAUGGGCUCUCAUCUUGUACCUUUACAUCAGAGUUGUCUUGGUUCUCCUGUCCAGUGUGUAGGUCAAACAGGCCCUAAUGUUCUGUCCGAUUCUAUAGUGGAUACCAUUUCGGUACACCACUCUUCCCUAGGGGCCUCUUGCCCUUCUCAGCAAUCUGUAAUUUCUCCCCCUCCUUCCAGAAAUGAGGUGGCUCCUGCUGCUGUGGCUGCCUUUCCAGUGGGGGCUCCAGCUUCCUCUCUGCCUCUGUCGGUUGAUAAGGGACUCUCUGCCAUCACUAGUGUAGCCUCCUACAGCUCUUCUGGUUCCUCAGCUGUCUCUUCUCCCUUAUCUCCUACAGCCCCUCUCACCCUCAAAGGCUCUCCUAAUGCCACUCAUCAGCCACCCUUAGAGGCCCAGAUGCCUCCUGCUUCUCCAGGAAGUCCAGGCUUGAAAAAAGCUCCUGUUUCUUCUGUUGGAAUUACCUCACUUGUGAUGACUGACCCCUCUACAAUUUCUGCCACACCUACCACCUUUGAGGUAGUAAAUGCUACUUGUGUGUCUCCUCCAAUUUCAUCAGGUCUCAUAAGUAAUAACUCAGCUUCCCAUACUGCCUUGGUUAUGGCACCUGUGGCUCCCAAAGAGCUUCCUUCUCCUUGGGCAACAACUGCUCUGGGGAUACCAGGCUCCCCUCCUCUGCCAGCACCUGCGGAGCUCAAAAGUCUCCCUGCUUCACAACUGGUCAAGUUCCCAACACAGAAAGAUCACCAAACUGUCCCUGCCUCUCCUGUAGGAACCCCUAUUUCACCAGCUCAGGCAGGACUCCCUACCAAGAAAGACCCUAUUGUACUACCAUUGGCGCUGGCAGCCCCUCAGAAUCCUCCCACUCCCCAAAGUACAUCUUCUCUGGAAAUAUCUCUCUGUGCUGAAGUCACCUUAGCAAGCAAAAGCCAAGUAGAGCCUCUGCCUGUAGGUAAGCCAGCUGCUGCUACUCCCUCUCCUCUGGGUGCUAUUUCCCCAGCCUCUCUAAUCAAGACAGAUCCUUAUGCAAGUCCAGACCCUACCAGUGUGCUUCUCAAAGGUUCUCUUCCUACCCCAAGUGUAGCUACAUUUCCUUUGGAAAGUGCUGCCACUUCUGGGGGGACUCCUACAACUACCAAAGGAACCUCCACUCCUACAACAACAGCCAGCCCUUUUCUAGAAGGAACUGUCUCUCUAGCACCUAAAAGCCACCCAGCCAAGAAGGGUACUUCUGCUCUUACUGCUUUACCUUUGGUUCCUCCCACCUCUGAAAGUUGUUCUGUGGCUCCAGCCAUGACAUUAUCCCCACAGAAUGUUACUUCUCCAGCUUCUGUGGCACUGUCUUCUGAAAUUCCCAAAUCAGAACCCUUUCCCUCUCUUCCCCCAGCUGGUAAUCCUCAAGUUACAAAGAUAGGUCAUAGUGUUUCUCAUAGCUCAGCAUUGGCAUUUGUGGCCUCCUCUCCUGAAGGAUGCCCAACUGAGGAUGUUGGUGCUUCUGUUGCUGCAUUUUCCAAAGGAACUUACCUAGCUGAAUCCCCAUCUUCUUUAGGGACUAGUGUGUCUCCUCAGACUGGAGGACCUCCAACCAAGAAGGGUUCGGCUACUUCUACUACCUUAACUCUUGCCCCCUCUGUUUCUAAAAAUGUAGCCGCUGUCUCUGAUACUCCUGCUGGCAAUCUCUCAUCUCCUGUUUCUCGAAUUGAAGCUUCCUUUCUUCCAGAGGCCAGUUUUUCUUUUCAAGUCCCUGAGGAAUCACUAACCAAGAAGCAUUCCUCCACUCCUCCAUCCCCCAAAGGGGCCCCUACUUCCCCAGCUGCUGUCUCCUCAUCCCCCAAAGGGGGGCCAGCAAAACCAUCCCCUAAAGAGACUCCUCCUCCUCCAGCUAUUACUCCUUCCUCUCCCAAAGGAGCCCCAGCUACCCCACCUCCCAAAGGGGCCUGUACUCCCUCAGCUAUGGCUCCUACCUCCCCAAAAAGGGGCCCAGCAACCUCAUCUCCUAAAGAGACUCCCAAACCCCCAGUUAUGUCCCUUCCUUCCCCUAAAGGGACCUCAGCAACUUCAUCCCCCAGAGAGUCCCCAGCUGCCCCAUUCACCAAAGGGACCUCAGCAACUCCAUCUCCCACAGGGCCUGUAGCUAUGCCACCCCCCAGAGAGUCUCCAACAGCCCCAGCCUCCAGAGGGGCCCCAGCAAUCUUAUCCCCCAAAGAGCCCUCAGAUACACCAGCCCCCAAAAGGGCUUCAACAACUCCAUCCUCUGAAGAGCCCUCAGCUGCCCCAACCCCCAAAGAGGCCCCAACAACUUCAUCCCCCAAAAGAACCCCAACCCCCAAAGGGGCCCCAACAACUCCAUCUCCCAAAGAGCCCUCAGCUGCCCCAACCCCCAAAGAGGCCCCAACAACUUCACCCCCCAAAAGAACCCCAGCCCCCAAAGGGGCCCCAACAACUCCAUCCCCCAAAGAGCCCUCAGCUGUCCUGGCCCCCAAAGGGGCUCCAGCGGCUCCAUCUCCCACAGAGUCCUCAAGUACCCCAGCAACUCCAUCCCCCAAAGAGCCCUCAGCUGCCCCAGCCCCCAAAGAGGCCUCAGCAAUUCCAUCUCCCAAAGAACUCUCGGAUACCCCAGCAACCCCAGCCCCUAAAGAGCCCUCAGCUGCCCCAGCCCCCAAAGGGGCCCCAACAACUUCAUCCCCCAAAAGAACCCCAACCCCCAAAGGGGCCCCAGCAACUCCAUCCCCCAAAGAGCCCUCAGCUGCCCCAACCCCCAAAGAGGCCCCAACAACUUCAUCCCCCAAAAGAACCCCAGCCCCCAAAGGGCCCCCAGCAACUCCAUCUUCCAAAGAGCCCAAAGGGGCCCCAGCAGCUCCAUCCCCCAAAGAGCCCUCAGCUGCCCCAGCCCCCAAAGGGCCCCCAGCAGCUCCAGCCCCCAAAGAGCCCUCAGCUGCCCCAGCCCCCAAACGGGCCCCAGCAGCUCCAUCCCCCAAAGAGCCCUCAGAUACCCCAGCCCCCAAAGGGUCCCCAGCAACUUCAUCCCCCAAAGGAGCCCCAGCAACUCCAUCCCCCCAAGAGCCCUCAGCUGCCCCAACCCCCAAAGAGGCCCCAACAACUUCAUCCCCCAAAAGAACCCCAGCCCCCAAAGGGCCCCCAGCAACUCCAUCUUCCAAAGAGCCCAAAGGGGCCCCAGCAGCUCCAGCCCCCAAAGAGCCCUCAGCUGCCCCAGCCCCCAAAGGGCCCCCAGCAACUCCAUCUUCCAAAGAGCCCAAAGGGGCCCCAGCAGCUCCAGCCCCCAAAGCGCCCCCAGCAACUCCAUCUCCCAAAGAGCCCAAAGGGGCCCCAGCAGCUCCAGCCCCCAAAGCGCCCCCAGCAACUCCAUCUCCCAAAGAGUUCAAAGGGGCCCCAGCAGCUCCAGCCCCCAAAGAGCCCUCAGCUGCCCCAGCCCCCAAAGGGCCCCCAGCAGCUCCAUCUUCCAAAGAGCCCAAAGGGGCCCCAGCAGCUCCAGCCCCCAAAGAGCCCUCAGAUACCCCAGCCCCCAAAGGGGCCCCAGCAACUUCAUCCCCCAAAAGAACCUCAGCUCCCAAAGGGGCUCCAGUAACUUCAUCCCCAAAAAAAACCCCAGCCCCCAAAGGGGCUCCAGCAGCUUCAUCCCCCAAAGAGCCCUCAGAUACCCCAGCAACUCUAUCCCCCAAAGAGCCCUCAGAUACCCCAGCCCCCAAAGGGGCCCCAACAACUUCAUCCCCCAAAAGAAUCCCAGCCCCUAAAGGAGCCCCAGCAGCUCCAUCUCACAAAGAGCCCUCAGAUACCCCAACCCCCAAAGGAGUCCCAGCAACACCAACUCCCAAAGAGCCCUCAGCUUCUCCAGCCCCCAAAGUGGCCCCAGCAACUCCAUCUCCUAAAAGAACCCCAGCUAAAACUCCAUCCCCCAAAGAGGUCUCAGCUACACCAGGCCCCAGAGUGGCUUCUACUCCUUCACCUGUGACUCCUCCAGGCCCCAAAGAGCUCUCGGCUACCCCAGCCCCCAAAGGGACCCCAUCAACUUCAUCCCCCAAAGAGCUCUCGGCUACCCCAGCCCCCAAAGGGACCCCAUCAACUUCAUCCCCCAAAGAGCCCUCAGCUGCCCCAGCCCCCAAAGGGGCCCCAGCAACUCCAUCUCCUAAAAGAACCCCAGCUAAAACUCCAUCCCCCAAAGAGCCCUCAGCUGCCCCAGCCCCCAUAGGUGGCCCAGCAAUCCCAUCCUCCAAAGAGUCCCCUGCUUUACCAGUUCCAGUCACAUGUCCCUUGGGAUCCACUGCCCCUCAGGCAUCUAAAGGGCUCCCAGUAAAGGAAGGCUCCACAGCUCUCAAAGCAGUACUUACUGGCCCAGCUUCAGAAAAUGCACCAGUCAUCAUAGCUCCCACUCAGAAAGGUCCACCAGCCAAGAAGAAGAGUUCACCUCCUGUGUGCUCAGAUCCCUCAGCCAAGAAUGGUACUAAAGGACCCCUUUCUGCAGUGGCUCCUCCAACCCCUCUACUGGCAGUCUCCACUCAGAAAGGCACUUCUCCAAAGGGUCCCUUGGCUCCUCCUCCAAAGUCUGAGACAUCUACGCCUCUAGCAACAGCGGCUUCUGAGAAGGUCCUUCCUAAAGCUGGAUCAGCACCUGUCUCUCCAGCACCCACCCCAACAGUCUCUCUGCCUCUUGCUCCCUCCCCAGUUCCCCCUCUGCUUCCUAAACAGCAACCUCUGCCGUCCUCACCUGGGCUGGUGCUGGAAUCAUCCUGUAAGCCCUCAGCCCCCGCUGAUGAGGAUGAGCUGCCGCCUCUGAUUCCCCCGGAACCAAUCUCGGGGGGAGUGCCUUUCCAGCCGGUCCUCGUCAACAUGCCCACCCCCAAACCUGCUGGGAUCCCUGCCCCAACCCCCUCUGCCAAGCAACCUGUUCUGAAGAACAACAAGGGGUCUGGAACAGAGUCUGACAGUGAUGAAUCAGUACCAGAGCUCGAAGAACAAGAUUCCACACAGGCAACCACACAACAAGCCCAGCUGGCGGCGGCAGCUGAAAUCGAUGAGGAACCAGUCAGUAAAGCAAAACAGAGCCGGAGUGAAAAGAAGGCACGGAAGGCUAUGUCCAAACUGGGUCUUCGACAGGUUACAGGGGUUACCAGGGUCACUAUACGGAAAUCUAAGAAUAUCCUCUUUGUCAUCACAAAACCAGAUGUCUACAAGAGCCCUGCUUCAGAUACCUACAUAGUUUUUGGUGAAGCCAAGAUUGAGGAUUUAUCUCAGCAAGCACAGCUAGCAGCUGCUGAGAAAUUUAAAGUUCAAGGUGAAGCUGUCUCAAACAUUCAAGAAAACACACAGACUCCAACUGUACAAGAGGAGAGUGAAGAGGAAGAGGUUGAUGAAACAGGUGUGGAAGUUAAGGACAUAGAAUUGGUCAUGUCACAAGCAAAUGUGUCAAGAGCCAAGGCAGUCCGAGCCCUGAAGAACAACAGUAAUGAUAUUGUAAAUGCUAUUAUGGAAUUAACAAUGUAACCAUCUAAAAAGGAAGACCCUUUUUUGUGUGUUUCAAAAGAGUUACUGCAGCUUGGUUUGAAAUUUGUACUGUUUCUAUCAUUAAUAAAGUUAUGGCUUCUUGUGGGAUGAA